AUGUUAUCUCGUACUUCAAUUCGUGCUUAUAGUUCAAUACCAAAUUCAAUUAAAAUAGCAUCAAAAGAACAAUCAAUUAAUGAUUUAACUUCAUUAUCUAUUAAAAUAAAAAAUUCUGGUUCUUCGGUUGGAAAAUUUGGUAUAUCUCAUUUAUUAUCAAAAUUUGCAUUUUUAAAUAAUGGUGGUAAAUCAGCAUUAAGAUUUGUUAGAGAAAGUGAAUUAUUAGGUGGCGUUUUUUCAUCACAAGUUACAAGAGAUGCAUUGAUUUUAAAAGCAUCAUUUUUAAAAGCAGAUUUACCUUAUUACGUUUCAGAAUUGGGUAACAUUGUAUCAAAUACAAAAUUCACACCACAUGAAUUUAAAGAAGUAGUAUUACCAGCUGCAAAUUAUGAAACUCAACAAGCUUUAAAUUCUUCAUCUAUUACUGGUUUGGAAAAAAUUCAUGAAAUUUCGUUUAGAAAAGGUUAUGGUAAUCCAUUAUAUUAUAAUUCAUCAACUCCAAUUUCCUUAAAUGAAAUUGUUCAAUUUUCAAAAGAUCAAUUUGUUGGUGAAAAUAUUGAAAUUUUAGCAGAAGGUGCUAAUGAAGCUGAUUUAACUAAAUUUGUUGAAGAAAGUGCAUUCUGUUAUUUACCAUCUUCAGCUAAUUCAUUAAAACCAGAAGUUAAAUUUUAUACUUCACAAGAAACAAGGCAUGCUUUACCAGGUCAAUCAACUGCAAUUAUUGGUGUACCUGUUAAAACUUCAGAAUUUGGCAAAUAUGAGUUACUUUCAGCCACAAUCGGUACUAAAACAUUACCAUCUUUAACUACUCCAUUAUCUAAAAUUGAAGGUGCAUCAUCUCAUUUAUAUAAAUAUGAAAAUGCAGGAUUGUUUGUUAUUGAAGUUACAAAUUCAAGUGCUGAAAAAGUUGCAAAUGGUAUUAAAGACGCUAAAAAAGUUUUGGAAAGUAUUACUAAAGAAGAUUUAUCUAAAUCUGUUAAAUCUGCAGAUUUAUCAAUUGCAUUACAAGAUAAAUUUGAUGCUCCAUUAAAUAUAAAAGUUACUCCAGAACGUCCAUCAUUCAAAGAAUUUAAUUAUGUUGCAAUUGGUGAUCUUGAUAAAUUACCUUAUAAAUCUGAUUUAUAA